AUGUCGAUAGUAGAACUUCUGCAAGAGGUGGAUAAGUUGGCCAAAGUAAUCAUUCAAAAGAACUUGGAGCUAGAAGAGCUCAAGAAAGGUUAUAAUCACAGAUUACAUGUUAUAAAUGAGUUUAUCGCAAAGGUACAACCUGAUCAAAUUGACGAUGACAAAAUUACCUCAGAGUCAUUUACUCAACACUGGAACAACAAAGUAACCUGCCCGAAUUGUAAUCACAUAGUAUAUAACAACAGCGAACAAGAAUUUGUUCUAAUACCAAAGAAACAACUAGAGUAUUUGUCAUCGCAACCAGAAUUUCCUAAACAUCAAGAACCUACACCACAUCGAUUAUCAGUGAACAAUCAAAAGACAAAGAAGAAAUCACAUAUAACGUGUUCUUUCUGCAAAGAACAAGGACAUACAAGAGCAAAUUGCAAGAAGCGACUUGGGUUAGUUGAGUGA